GAAAAAAAACCACAAUCAUGAUGGAAAUUUUUAUUUUACUUGUAAUGCCCACAUCCUAAGAUUAAAGAUAUUUUUAAAAAAUUAGCUGCAAAGAAAAAGAUAAAAGCAAAACAAGAACAGAUUUUUACACCUUUAGGAAAUCAAGAAGAAAAUAGGCACAAGUUUACAUUCAUUAGUUUCAGAUAUGGCAAAGGAAUGUUCUACUAAAGAGUGAUAAAUAAAAUCCUGCUUUCCCACUUCCCUGUAUGAGACAACACAAGUCAUGCUCUUCAAAGCCACACUGAUCUUGCAGAUACAAGGCAGAUUUUUCCUCAUAAUUUUUUUAUUAAUGUGCUUUAAAGACCAUAAAGACCCUCCUAGAGCCAUUUGGCAUGUCUCUACAUACAUACUAAAGUACCAAGGAUGUAUUUUAACCUCUUGUGAAGCUUGUUACAACCUCCACAUAAAAAAUGAAAGUCAUGCAUAUUUGAAAUUCUGUUUAAGCAUCAGACACUAUUGAGGGAUUUUAUUUCAUUGCUGCUAAGCCACUUUAAAUCCCCAUCAGUGUUAAAAUCUUGCAAGUGUCAGCCCAGGAUGAUUUAACCCCUUGAGAAUAAGAGUUCAUCAUAAAAAAAGGUGAACAUCUUAUCUCAAGGGGUUCUAUCCCAAUACACAGCUGCUACUAUACUGAAGAAUUUCUGUUGCUAAACACAAUAUGCUGGGGAAGGGGUUUUCUAGGGAUCUCAGGAAGCCAGAGGGCAGGCAGGUGUUCCAUCACACCCUUUAACUCUACCCUGCAAUACAGGUGAAUAGGAAAGUCACCUUUUGGGUUGGGCCCUGCUCUGGGUGGGAUCAGUGGAAGCAGCCUGAGGGCUGCAUCCGAAGGGCUUGAACACAGCAGGUGCCUGACACCACUGCUCAGGCCAGGGAAAGCUUCUUCCACAGGAACAGCUCCUGUCAACCCCCUGAUCCUUGAAGUUCCCUUCAGAGGCUGCAGACACCUUUCUGCCUUUCCUCUUGAGCUACACUGGGACUGGGGAGGGACAAAAAGCAGCAAUGAAGUGAGGGGGAGGUGAAGAGAAUUUUAACAUCCAUCCCAGUAAAGAUAAAACCAGUUUGUCUCGGCAAACAUCCCUGGCUGGUGCAGGACCAAGUCACUGCUGGUGGGAAAAGGCGGAAAACUCGACCUUCAAGAAGCUGUGGAUGUUCCCGAGGCAGAUUCCUCUUUACCUUCACUGGAAGGGAUGUGUAACCUACUUGCAAUAAGGGGUAAGGAAAAGCAUCAAGCUGUAAUAAAACAGUCUUUCUUCAUUUGAUUGAUAAGGAAUUUACAAUUUCUCAGCUUAAAAAGCCACACAGUGCAAGUUAGUGUUUGCUUUGGGGGGACCCUGUUUCAGUAUCCUCUCCUGCAAGGAUGCAAAAGCCCCAAGUCAGCAGCCAGUGUUUUUGUCUGUACACAAAACAGGCAGGCUGCCCAAGAACUGAGGACAAAGACACUCAAAAUAGUAAAUAAAUACACAUAAAACAACACUAAAAACAAACAAAAAAUAAUUACCAGCACUGAUUGUUUAGAAUUACAGUCCGUCUCAUUAUAUUAAUAUUCACAUUUUAUCUUUUUAACCACUAUACAAAAGCUGCUGAAGUGACUUUCUUCUAAACCAGCCAUACAGGAGCACAAAGCACAAUCAACAUUAUUUUUUUGGCAAAGUAACUUGCUUUCAGAAUAUACCAUACUUCUGAAUCACAGUUUGCAGGUAGCAGGUGUGUCAUGCUAAUACAACAUUCUCCAUUUCUUUUCUUCCUGCAGACUACCAGGAGCCAGACACCUCAGAGACCCUUCCUAGUUCCAACUGCUGUCUCUUAAAGGCUUCUCAUAACAGUUUAUUCCACGCAGCCUCACUUGGGGCAGCUGCUCCUAAUUUCUGCCUCAGCAUUGUCCUCUUUAUUGCAUUAAUCUGGUUUCCAGGAUAAGCCACAUCAGUCUGAUGUGCUUACAGAGCACCAGAUGUUACUGUGCUCUACAAGCACCCCCCUGCAAACAACUCAGGAGCAUUUCAAGGAAUCACAGAACCGCAGAAGGGUCAGGUUGGAAGGAACCACAGUGGGUCAUCUGGUCCCACCUCCCUGCCUAGGGAGUGUUAUGAGCAAAAAGAGUUACUCAUUUUUUUUAAAAAGGGUUGCAGAAUUACAAGUUAAGUUGAGAGUUGAUAGCUGGCCUGCUGGCCGAGGAAUGUUCUUUUGUUAGCUGACUGUUGUAAUCACCUGUUAAGUAGCAAGUCUUUAACCAUCUAUUGUUGAGAAUUCUCCUUUCUCAGUACCACCCUUAACUGCUGCCAGGAGGACGGCAUCCCCCGGACUGUGGGAAGGGAGGAGACCUCAUGAGUCUAUUCAAAUUAUCUCAAGCCGGAGUGCAACAGGAGGGGACCCCCACCAAAUCCAGGAAAAGACCCCAAAAGCAACGAGCCAAAACAGAAUUAAGAGAUCAAAGUAGUGUCUGGAUAUCAGGGGUGAGGUCCGGAGCCGGCAGAGAUGCUGAAAACCUUAGUGGCCCCUCACCAUAACCUGAAGAUGUUGGUUGGAGCCAGGACCCAAGAUCUGCGAUCUCACGAGCAACACAUAAGGUACACCUCCGUCACUCUGUGAGGAUGGGACCUCCAGCUCUGCUCCCUAGGGAACAGAGCUGCACGUCCCUGCUCCUCUGAAUCACUCCUGGGAGUCACUCCUGAGAGUGACAGCAGGGAACCAUGGACCUGUCAACCACCUCUCAUCCUGAGCUGGUCACUUUUAAUAAAGGCUUGAAAGGAGAAAGAUCUCCUGCCCUGUAUAAUUUCAGCUGGGGGCUCUAGGAGCGCUGUUCAAGAUUGCAAGCAAGUUGUAUUCUAUUACCAUCUGCAUGGCAGUUAUCUGGUGUCAAGUGGGCAAUUUCUCCUUAUCUCUGCCUGAGUGAUCAUAAUCACUCCUCCAUCGGCAGGGGACAUCUGCUAGCUGAUAACAAGCUAUUGAAUGUCACGGCAUGGCUGAUAAGAACUAUAACAUCCCAUUGUGAGAUGCUCCGCCCAGAGGGAGGAGCCAAGGAUUCCUACCCAGAUAUAAUCUGGAGAUUCUGACACCUCAGCACAGCUUCCCACUGGACUCCCCAGAGGAACAGCAGCUGCUUCUACUUCCACGGAUCUGCAGAGGAAGAAUACACCUUUUCUCUACAGGACCCUCCUGCUCCAAGAGAACCACAACUGACACUUCAGAAGGACUGCAGCCACUUUUCCAACUGGACUGCUACCAACACCCUGACCAACAGGGUGUCAGGUUGAGUUCUGACUCUGUCAGGGUUGUUCUAGUGUAUUGCAUUGUUUUAUUUUAUCCUUUUUUUUUUCUUCCCUAUCAAAGAACUGUUAUUUUCUGCUCCCAUAUUUUUUGCCUGGGAGCCCUUUAAUUUAAAAUUCAUAGCAAUUCGGAGGGGUGGGGAGGGUUUGCCUUCUCCUUUUCAGGGGAGGCUCCUGCCUUCUUUAGCAGGCACCUGUCUUUCCAAACCAAGACAAGCGCCGGUGUCUGGGGCCCAGUGAACGGGGCAGGAUGAGCGGCAAGGAUGGAAAUGAGGAGUUCUACCGGCAGCUGCAGCUCCAGCAGCAGUACGAGGCCAAACCAGCCGAGGGCGAGUCUGACCCCUUUACCUACAUGGACCCGGCGGACGGGGCUGCCUACGAGUGGGACUUGGAGAAGAAGGCCUGCUUCCCCAAGAUAACAGAAGAUUUCCUGGCAACCUAUCAUGCCAACUAUGGCUUCCAUGUAGAUGAGACAGAUACUUCAUCUGCUUCUGGUACAGCCACUGAAAAUAAGCAACCAGUAAGUUUUAAGAAAUCAGGAACACAACCAUCAGCCAAUGAGAUAGGACGAAAACAAACAGAUCCAAAACAAAAAUUGGAAAAAAGGAAGCUAGAGCCAGGGUGGUUUCACGUUGAAGAAGAAAGGAACACAAAUGUUUAUGUGACAGGUUUACCUCCAGACAUUAAGAAAGAUGAAUUUGUACAAGUCAUGUCAAAAUGUGGUAUCAUCAUGAGAGAUCCUCAGACAGAAGAACACAAGGUCAAACUGUACAAAGAUAAGGAAGGAAAUCUUAAAGGAGAUGGCCUCUGUUGUUAUUUGAAGAGAGAAUCAGUUCAACUUGCUUUGAGGCUUUUGGAUGAAGCAGAAAUCCGAGGCUUUAAAUUGCAUGUGGAAGUUGCAAAGUUCCAACUGAAGGGGGAGUAUGAUGCAAGCAAAAAGAAGAAGAAAUGUAAAGACUACAAGAAGAAAUUGUCACAGCAGCAGAAACAGCUGGACUGGAGGCCGGAGAAGAAAGAUGGGACAACUCGAAUGCGGCACGAACGCAUUGUUAUUAUCAGGAAUAUGUUUCACCCCAAGGACUUUGAGGAGGACCCUCUAGUGCUAAAUGAAAUAAGAGAAGAUCUGCGGAUGGAGUGUGAAAAGUUUGGUCAAGUAAAGAAAGUUCUCAUAUUUGAUAGGCACCCUGAUGGCGUCGCUUCUGUGUCAUUUAAAGAAGCAACAGAAGCUGAUUUGUGCAAGCUGACUCUAAAUGGAAGGUGGUUUGGUGGCCGUCAGCUCAGUGCUGAAACGUGGGAUGGUGUAACAGAUUAUCAGGUGGAGGAGACUGCAAGAGAAAGGGAAGAAAGGCUCAAGGUGUGGGAGUCAUUUUUAGGGGACCCUGAUGCAAAGGAGCAGCAGACUACAUCUGAUUAGUGGCCCCUCACCAUAACCUAAGAAGAUGUUGGUUGGAGCCAGGAUCCAAGACUGCAAACUCGAAAGCUAAACACGGGGUAUACCUCAAGUGCCCUCGUGAGGAUGGGACCCCCAGCUCUGCCCCCUGGGGGACAGAGCUGCACUUUCCUCCUCCUCCGAGUCACUCCUGGGAGCGGCAGCAGGGAACCACGGACCUGUCACCCCCCGCCCCGCCCCCAUCCUGAGCUGAUCACUUUUAAUAAAGGCAUUAAAAGGAGAAAGAUCUCCUGCCCUGUUUUAUUUUCAGUCCCUAAAAGACAUGGCACAGCACAUUUAUCUGUUCCUUUGACAUCCUCCUGUUUACUUUUUUCUCUGUUUAUUUACUUCCUGCUUUUACCAGCAGAAUCCACAUUAGAUAUCUGAAGAGGAAGAAAUCAUUUGUAUUCUCCAAGCCCACACAUUGACUUUCCACUCAUAUGGAAAUUCCAGACUCUUACAUAUUUUUUCCACUUGCAAAAAUACACCCGGGUAAGCCUUGUGUCUUUCACCCAGAACAGGCACAAGGGGUAACUAAUCAGUCUGGAAUAAAACCAGUGAGGCUCAUGUUUUUGUGGAAGUCCUGAAGACCUCCUCAUUCCGAGGGCUGGACUCAGACCUGUAUGUGAACUGAAACAGAAGAAGGCACAGGCUGGAUCUCUACUUUUAUCUGUGGCUUUGUACUCAUAGAGGACUCAGCAAAUCAUUGCAAACCUCAGUCCUGCAAGUCAGGACUGCCUCAAGUCAACAGCAUAAAGCUGAGUCAGGAGAGGUUUAGGCUGGAUAUCAGGAAGAGGUUUUCUACCUAGAGGGUGGAUGGGCACUGAACAGGCUCCCCAGGGAAGCAGUCACAGCACCAAGACUGACAGAGUUCAAGAAGUUUGGGCAAUUCCUUCAGCCCAUUGUGGGAAUGUUGGGGUAUCCUGUACAGAGACAGAAGUUGUGCUCAAUCCUUAUGUGCCCUUCCAACUCAGCAUAUUCUAUUAUUCUGUGAUUUUUAUGAUUCACUAAGUCCAGCACACUCCCUGCUGCUGUCCUACACGAGUAUCCAGCUCAGUUCACAUCCCAAAGCAGCCAGAUUCCAGGUGCUGGCUGGGCAGUCAGAAUCACGGCAUUUGAGAAGCACUACCAUAAACACACACAUCUGAUCGUUACCCAAAACUAUGCUGUAUUUUUUAGAA